AGUAACUCCCAAAAAUUCACGAGGAUGAAUUUUAAGACUAGAAAAAAUGACCAAUUUAAAGGUCACAAAGGCAAGAUUUUCCGGAAGAAAUUGUAUAGCUCGAAGCGAAAUAAUCGGAACAUCAUCGAUGAGGAAAUCGAACAGCUUCAGGAAAAGUUAAACGCGUUUGAAGUUUCAAAAAGUAGCCUAUUCACUGACUUUCCAUUAUCAAAGAAAACAUUAAAAGGAUUAUGGGCAUGUAAUUUUGAGAAACCAACAGACAUACAGAGAGAGUCCAUAGGUCUGGCAUUAAAUGGAAAUGAUAUUCUUGGUGCAGCAAAGACAGGAUCAGGGAAAACAUUGGCUUUUAUUAUACCAGUUUUAGAGUGCCUAUACAAACUAAAAUGGUCAAACUAUGAUGGACUUGGUGCUUUAAUUAUAUCCCCUACCAGAGAACUUGCCUUCCAGACAUUUGAAGUGCUGAAAAAACUUGGCAAGUUUCAUGAUUUCUCGGCUGGUCUUGUGAUCGGAGGCAAGCCGCUGAAGGAAGAAGCUGGCCGGAUAAAUCGUACAAACAUUGUUGUAUGUACUCCUGGUAGAUUGUUACAACAUAUGGAUGAAACUACCUACUUCUCAGCAGAUAAUCUAAAAAUACUUGUUUUGGAUGAGGCAGACAGAAUACUGGAUCUUGGUUUUGCACAGACUAUGAAUGCUAUAAUAGAAAACCUCCCUUCAGAAAGACAAACAUUACUGUUUUCAGCUACACAGACUAGGUCGGUGAAGGAUUUAGCUCGGCUCAGUUUACAGGAUCCGAUGUAUGUGUCUGUACAUGAGAAUGCCACAGAGAGUACACCAGCACAGCUAGAGCAGAGUUAUAUUGUGUGUGAGCUACAUGAUAAACUGAAUUUGCUGUGGUCAUUCCUGAAGAAUCAUCUCAAAUCAAAGAUAUUAGUGUUUCUUACCAGUUGUAAACAGGUAAAAUAUAUACAUGAAGCAAUGAGACAUUUAAAGCCAGGGAUACCAAUAUUUGCCCUACAUGGAGGCAUGCCACAGCUGAGACGCGUGGAGGUAUAUAACCAAUUUAUGUGGAAGCAGAGGGUCUGUCUGUUUGCCACUGAUAUAGCAGCUAGAGGACUUGAUUUUCCAGCUGUUAACUGGGUUGUACAGUUAGACUGUCCGGAGGAUGCCAACACAUACAUACAUCGUGUAGGCCGUACUGCCAGGUAUGAGAAGGAUGGGGAAUCAUUGCUUGUGUUGCUGCCUUCUGAGGAGGAGUUUAUGAUUAAACAACUAACAGAUAAAAAGAUUCCUAUAGAGAAAAUCAAGGUGAAUCAACAACGGUUAUACCCUAUACAAUCAAAACUGGAGGCCAAUUGUGCUGCUGAUCCAGAACUCAAGGCAUCAGCUCAAAGGGCAUUUGUGACAUAUUUACGAUCAAUAUUCUUGAUGAAGAACAAGAAAGUAUUUGAUGUUCAUGCUCUAGACAUUGAAAAAUAUGCUAGCUCACUAGGGUUGGCUAUCGCACCAAAUGUAAGAUUCUUGAAAAAAGAUCAGAAAAGAAAAGAAGAAAAAGAAUCCAAGAAAAUAAAAAAGCCAGUUGAUUUAUCAAAACUGAAUAAACUGGAAUCUAGUAGUGAAGAAAGUGACAGUGGCAAUUCUAGUGAAAGCGAUGAUGAUGAUACUGAUGAUGAUACUGAUGAUGAUGAAAGUGAAAAUGAAAGUAAAACUGGUAUUAAAAGUGUAGAAAAUUCAAAUUCAGUGUCAUCAAACACUUCAUCUCUUUUAAAAUCAGGGAAAAUAACAAAGUCUGAAAUGGAAGUAACUAGUAGAAAUAAAUUGUUAGGAAAAGAUGUGCCAACAGUAGAAAACUCAGAAAGUUCUGAAAGUGAUGAUUCAGACAGUGAUGAGUUAGUAGAUAAUGAAGAUAUAGAUGACAGUGAAUUUAGUGAUAGUUCUGAAAGUGGGGAAUCUAGUGAUGAUAGUGAUAAUGAAAGUGAAACUGGCUUAAAGCAGGAAAAAACGGAUGAUAAUUCAGGAUUUCGGUUUGACAAUGAUGAUGAUGACGAUGAUGAGUUAUUUAAAGUGAAGCCAAAUGUGGAUAUUGAUGAUAUAUUAGCUAAAAAAGGGAUAGAUGUAGAGGAUGUGACAGAACCUGAGGAGAGUAAGUCACAGAAGAGAAAGAAAGCUCUCAAACAGAACAAGGAACUACAGGCACUUAAACUGUGGAGGAAAAACAUCAAAAUCAAUACCAAGGUCACCUUUGAUGAGGAGGGACAGGUUGAAGUAGAUCCUCAUAAGAUUCCUCAAGUUGAUGUGGAUAUAGAAAGACCUGAUGAUGUUGGUGGUAUAGAUAUAGCAAAGGCAAGAGAGAAAAUGAAAGCUGAAGAUGAAAUAGAUAAACAGAUUUACAGAGAGAAAAUAAAACAGAGACAUAGAGAGCAAAGAUUGAAAAGAAAGGAAGAAAACAGGGCUCAAAAACAGAGAGGAGUAAAACAAGAUGAAGAGGAAGAAGAAAUGGAGGCGAGAUUACCAUCAGAUGAUGAUGAUGAAAAAGCUGAUCCGCUUUCAUUUUUACCUGACCCAGAUAAAGUGUACGGCAGUACACAAUCAGACAGUGACUCGGAUAGUGACGGUCCUUCAUCGUCAAAGAGAGCAAAAUUAUCCAAUAAGUCUCAAAAGAUGGGAUUUAAUGCAAAUGUCAGUAAUGAUGAAUCAGAUGAUGAUGAAGAUGAUGACGAUGAUGAUUCCGGUGAUUCUGACUCUGGAAAUGUGAUGGACACUGAACUUUCUCUACAAGAUGAUGAAGAAAUAGCAUUGAGACUGUUACAAGGGAAGUAAUCCAAGUUUACAACAGAAAAAAAGAAGUUGUGAGAAUACUUAUGCUGAAACCGUGAUACGAACAAUAAGGAAUAUUUUCAACUGUUAUAUACCACAUAGAAGGCAGACAAGUUAUACUGGUAGACUAGUUGUUAAAUCAUGAACCUAUCAGAGUUGAGGUCAGACCAUGUUUUGUCAUAUGACACUAUAUGUAAUGGAGUAGACAUAGUUGCUGGAGAAGAUGACUACUGCUGCAGAAUACAGGAAUGAUAUUUUUAGAAGAAAGGGAAGGGUUCAAGUGUGAUAUAUUUUAUCUAUAUACAUGUAUCCAGUUUGGAUGACUGUGUCAUGACACUGCUUGUUGGCAUUGUGGCAGAAAUAUUUUAGAGGAGUGCAUCUGAGGUCAUUCUGCACCAUUGAAACUAGAAAUGUUAUUUUGUGGUAGUAUGACUUAAAAGGCCAUCAUGACUUAAGAUUCAACCUAAAGCAGUUGAGCGUUUCAUAUUGUGGUCUCUAAUUUGUGAAAUGUUCAAAAGAAAAACAAGACUUUUGAAUGAUAUUUAAUAGAAAUUACAAAAUUUUAUUCAUGGAAAUACACAAUUAUAUGUAAAUAUAUAUUCAUGAUGAAUCAACAUGAGAACAAGAUCUAUAUUGUUAUCAAAAUAGAUUAAUCCUGCUAUGUGAAACUGGGCAAGAAACAGUUAUUAUACAUGUAUAGAGUUAUGACAGAUCAGCGUUAAAUGUUCGGAGUACAUCUUACCCAUAUAACCACUAUAGGGCAAGAUCAGCCUAAAGUCUCAUCAGGCUGAUAUUAAAAGACCCUAUAUUAAAAAUGGACAGGUACAAAUUAAGAGCUGGGUAAGUCCAUCACACAAAUUUAUCUGGGUCAAGCUUAAAUAAUAUCAGGAAAUGAUUGUUUUGCUACAAGAAAUACGUUUUGUUACAAGAAAUAUUAUGUAUACAUUCUUGAUUAUCAAAUAAAUGGGAAAUGGUAUACAAAGUUGUUUAGUUUUUUUUUGUGUUUGUGUAUCAAACACACAGCUAUUAUGUGUAUGAUAUCAAGUGAGUAUGUUAAAUUUAUAUUUGUGUGUGUUUGUAAUAAUAUUGA